AUGUUAAACUCAUCAGUAAACAUCACAGGCUGCGAGCCUCAGAAAAUCAAUCAUUUUAUUCCUAUAUUCUUAAGUUUUGUGUUCUUCGUUGGAUUCAUAUUAAACUGUAUCAGUUUGUGGAUCUUUUGGUUCCGGAUCAGACAAUGGAAUUCAACCGUGAUCUUACAGUUCAACUUGGCCAUCGCUGAUGCCAUCAUCACACCCGCGGCUCCCCUGAUCAUUGCAUAUUCCUUGACCGAUGACUGGAUCUUUGGUACUUUCCUUUGUCAACUCAAAGUCUUCUUGCUGAGCGCUCACAUGUACGGGAGCAUCUACUUCCUCACCUUGAUCAGUCUGCACAGAUACUUCACCGUGGCUCACAAUAUAAAAGGAUCAAUUUUGACCAAAAAGUCAUUCAUCACCAAACUUUGCCUCAUUGUCUGGGGAUGUCUUUGUUUCCAAGGAUUUCCAUUUUUCUUCACCAUGAGAACCUCAGAUAUUCACGGAGCCACAAAAUGCCUCAGUUUUCAUCAAUCAGAUCUGGUGGUUUUGUUCUUCGUGUGGAACUGGGUGAUUAUCUUCUCUGGACUCCUUGUACCAUUCACCAUAACAAUUAUAUGUUACAGUCUCUUAAGUAGAUAUAUUCUCAAAGUGAAUCCCAUGAACUCUACCAGUCAAAUUAUGCUGAAUAAAUCAGUACGGACCAUAACAGUGUCUUUAGUAAUAUUUAUUGUCUGCUAUGUGCCAGUUCAUAUCACUAGAACAUUAGGUGUCACCAUCGCCUUGUUCUUUCCUUCUUUCUGUACUUUGCUUGAGAACGUUGAGGUUGCCUAUUACAUUACCUGGAUGUUAUCAGGAACAAAUUGCUGUAUGGAUCCAAUACUUUACUGUUUUGCUUCUGAAAAUUUUAAAAACACCUUCAUGAGGGGCUUCACCUUGCUGCAGAGGUUCAGAAGAAGUUUGAGGGUCACAGCAGCCAACGAUCAAUCUUUACAAGGAGACUCAGCUUCACACGAACGUCCAAGUGGACUUCAUCUUACUGUUAGCACCGUAAACACAGACUUGACUCCGGAAAGUGCGAGUAAUAGCAAUGCGUGA